AAACCUGCUGAUAGCAAUUAUGUGUCUGCGUCUCGUUGGAUCCGCUCUCUGCUGCUGUUGCAAAUUGGGCCUCAAGUGCCUCUGCAUCUUCGCCUGUUCCACGGUCGGAGUUCUAGUCAUAGUUGCCUUGGUCGUUUACUUUUGUUUCUUCCACAACAAAUCGGACGACUCGACCACAAAGUCUUACUCCGAUUCUACUAUCGACAAGUCCUUGAAGGAUAGCAUAACUACCGCAACGGAAGCCACUUCGCUCGUCAGAGGAUAUCUCCAACGAAUGAUACAAAGAAUCUAAAAUGAGCAAAGAUACUUAAUAAUCUAUGAAUUACUAUCGCAUAGCACAUAUGGAAAUGGAACCUAACAAAAGUAUCUUUCACCAAAUUUGAAGUUGGAGAAAUCAAUAGAUUUGUGUUUUGUGAAUUCCCAACACUUAAAUAUAUAAUUUUAUUAAUAUUUUCCAAGUAAUGUUCUGUCAUUUGUUCAACCCCGCAAUAAAUUCACCCGCAAACGGCCAUAAAAAUCAAUUGAGUGCUUUCGGAUAUAAUUGCUCGGUGCGAGUAUAUACACUAAGCCAAAGCCAUUCUCGUCCAAAUGGAGUACUCCUGGUCAGAGCACUUGGCACUUGGUUAGCUUGGCUUUCACUUAUUUGGCCCGCAAACAAAGGAAAUCUGUGUGGAAAAACCGCCAACCCAUCAAAAGCUGCUGUUGUGUGAAAAAGUGAUGCCAGUAGUUAAUGGUACUUUGUAUGCAAAGUGCAAGACAGAACUAAAGCAAACAAAAGGGCAAAGUCGGUGGAGCUCUGGAGUCCUGGUUCCAUGGAGCCAUGGGGCCAUCGGGAAAGUUUGGGAGAAGACGUCCGCCCCGUGGCCACGAAAGCGCCUCUUGGCUGCCAUUUGAUUAUAUAAAAUUUCCGCAUUU